UUGUUUUUCAUCCUCACAGAGUAUAAAUAUGGGUAGAUCCAGAUCUCGUUCCAGAGAAAGAGACAAGAAAAAACAUCGAUCACGGUCUAAAAGAUCACGCUCAAGAGAACGAAAGCGUUCUCGAUCAAGAGAACGUAAGAAACAUGACAGAAAAAGAUCCAGAUCUCGAUCAAAAGACAGAGAUCGAAAAUCUCACAAGUAUAGUCAUUCAGAUAAUAAUAAAACUGAUAAAGAAUUAAAAGAGGAAAAGUCUCAAGAUUCUCAAAAUGGAAUGGUAGUUGAAGAGGAAGAAGAUAUUCAAAAGCCAAAGGUUCAACCUCUCAGUCUUGAGGAAAUGCUUGCCAAAAAGAAGGCGGAGGAAGAUGCUGCUGCCAAGCCAAAAUUCACUACCAAAGAGGACCGUGCUGCGGCAGCAAUCGCCCGGAGGCAACAAGAAGUCGAAGAAAAGCGAAAACAAAUGGAUGAGAUGCGUAAAAAGCAGAGGGACAUAUUUAGCGAAGGGAGAAAAAUGCUAGAGGAUCCAUAUGAUCGAGAACGUAGAGAGCGCAAAGAACGAAGAGCCAAAGAUGACGACGAUGAACUAGACAAGAAACGUAUCGAUAAAGACGCAGAGAAAGAAUUGUCAUCCAUCAAAGAUCGAUACCUGGGUAUUGUAAAAAAGAAAAAACGCGUCAGACGUCUCAACGACAGAAAAUUCGUGUUUGAUUGGGACGCUGGUGAUGACACUUCUGUUGACUUCAAUCCAAUUUAUAAAGAAAAACACGAAGUUCAUUUGUUUGGGCGUGGAUUUAUCGCAGGCAUUGACGUUAAAGUCCAAAAGAAGUCACAAUCACAAUUUUAUGGAGAACUUAUGGAGAAUCGUAGAACACAACAAGAAAAAGAUUUAGAAAAGAAAAGGAUGGUAAAUGCUUUGAAAAAGGAGAAGAAACGAUUGUGGGAUGAUAGACAUUGGACAAAGAAAUCUUUAGAGGAAAUGCAAGAAAGAGACUGGAGAAUCUUCCGUGAGGAUUACAGUAUAGCUAGUAAAGGUGGAAACAUUCCACCACCUUUACGAUCUUGGAAAGAAUGUAAAGAUAUUCCAGACGAACUUCUAGCAAUCAUUGAUGGACUUGGUUACAAGGAUCCAACUCCAAUUCAACGACAAGCUAUUCCCAUCGGCCUGUUGAAUCGUGACAUUAUCGGCGUUGCAGAGACUGGUUCUGGUAAAACAGCGGCAUUUUUAAUCCCCCUCUUGAUAUGGAUAACAUCACUGCCUAAAAUAGAAAGAUUAGAAGAUGCAGAUAAAGGACCAUAUGCAAUUAUUUUAGCUCCGACUCGUGAACUGGCACAACAAAUCGAAGAGGAAACCAUAAAAUUUGGUAAAGAACUUGGAAUGCGUACUGUUGCAGUCAUUGGAGGUUUAUCAAGGGAGGACCAAGGUUUUAAAUUGCGCAUGGGAUGUGAAAUUGUAAUUGCAACACCAGGUCGUCUUAUUGACGUCUUGGAAAACCGCUAUCUUGUAUUGAGCCAAUGCACAUACGUUGUUCUUGACGAGGCUGAUAGGAUGAUUGACAUGGGUUUUGAACCUGAUGUGAAGAAAAUUCUUGAUCAUAUGCCAGUGACAAAUCAAAAGCCUGAUUCAGAGCAAUUGGAUGAUGAUUUACUAAUGCGAAGCAAUUUUCUAUCAAAGCAUAAGUUUAGACAGACUGUCAUGUUCACUGCAACUAUGCCUCCUAUUGUUGAAAGGUUAGCUAAAACCUAUUUGCGACGCCCAGCGAUUGUGAAUAUUGGAGUAGCUGGAAAACCAAUAGAAAAAGUAAAACAAAUUGUUCAUUUGUUAAAGGAGAAUGCAAAAAGGAGAAAGCUUUUGGAAAUUUUGGGAGCAGGUAUCACACCUCCUAUUAUUAUAUUCGUAAAUCAGAAAAAAGGUUGCGACGUCUUGGCAAGAUCAUUGGAAAAAAUGGGAUACAAUGCUACUACACUUCAUGGGGGUAAAGGUCAGGAACAACGUGAAUUCGCUUUGAGUGGUUUAAAAGAAGGAAGUAAAGAUAUCCUUGUUGCCACAAAUGUGGCUGGACGGGGUAUCGACAUUCCUGAUGUUUCUUUGGUUAUUAAUUUUGAUAUGGCAAGGUCGAUCGAAGAUUAUACUCAUCGUAUUGGACGUACAGGGAGAAUGGGAAAGACUGGAACAGCUAUAACAUUUAUCACUCAAGAAGACUCGGCAGUUUUUUAUGACCUGAAACAAGCAUUGCUUGAGAGUCCGGUCUCUACUUGCCCAUCUGAACUUGAAAGACAUCCUGAAGCCCAACAUAAACCUGGGACUAUACUCACUAAAAAGCGAAGAGAAGAAACUAUUUUUGCUUAGAAAUCUUAAUACCAUUUUUUUUUCAACUUUGAUGACCUGAUUGCAUUCCGCAGCCAAUUUCUCAAUAACAUCAAAAUUUGUAUAUUACCCACCAAAAUUUGUUUCAAGAUCUAUAUGGAGUCGAAUGGAUUUUCACCUCCAGAUAUAAAACAAUUUGUCUUGAUGUCAAAAUGAUAUGUCUACAAAAGCUUGUUUCAUAUGUUUUUGUUUUAUUUUAGUCUAAUUAUGGCACCCUUUACUUGAUGUUCCAUGAAGCAUAGUGACUUCACUUCAUUCAGUACUGAUACAUACAGUUAGUUCAUAGCCGAUGCCUUCAUGCAUAAAUUUUUUGGGUUAAUUGUGGGUAUGAGUGAAGUUGGAUUUUACUUGUAUACCUUAAGGCUGCUAUCAGAAUAUCUUGAGUUCAACAAUCGUUAUUCUGACCAUUUUUGACUACUUUAUUGAUAUUUUAUUAUCAUUGAGUUUUAUUUGUUUGGUAGCUAUGUUUAGGUCUAACUAGUUAUGAGCAACUUCGACGUCCAAAAUUUCUGCAAAUAAACUCUGACGCCUGGCAUUAUUCGUUUUUUUUCAUUCAGGCAGGUUCACACUCGGUCGGUUUUAUUGUGAAUCAUUAGACAAUUGACGUUAAGUGCAAUUUUGCCAAACUGGACUCAAAAUAGAGGGCCUAUAUCAUG